UAUUUAAAGUUCAGUACUUGGCUCGUCUUCUGGAUCCAGUCCCUAGUUUGCACCAAGUUUUAAGGACUGAUAUGCAAAUGUUAUAAAAGCAGGGAAGAGAGAUGAGGAUAGUUGAUAAGACACUGUUUGCUCUGCUGAGGGUGCUUAGUUCGUUGGUAUAUGUAAGGAUCAGAACUACGUAGUUCCUGCUCUGUGAACCAGUUAGUUUUAGUACGGCAUGAAACUUGUUCUCUGCAAACCUGUCAUGCUGACCACUGACAAGACAGCUUUUAAUCUAUUCAGCUAUCAAACUGGACUCCUAAAGUGCAUUUUUUAUGAAUUUGGGAAACCCUGAAACUGCUUUGGUGAAUUAUUGUGAAGAAAUACAUUCUGCUACUGGUGCUUUUUUGGACACGUUUGGCUUCACAAAGCAGCUUGGUGAAUGGGACAAAGUGGAGUUGUGACUGCAUUUCUGGAAGCAAGAUUACAUCGGUACUAUUACUGCGGGAAAGUUCCCUUUGGAUCAUGAUUACUAAUCGGAAUAAUACUGUAGUUCAAGAUGAUGUGGAAAAAAAUAAUCAAGAAAUGUCUACCAAUUUAAAGUACCUUUCCUUGAGCAUCCUGGUUUUUCAGACUACAAGUCUAGUGUUGACCAUGCGUUACUCUCGGACACUGAAAGAAGAAGGACCUCGUUACUUAUCCUCUACUGCAGUAGUUCUUGCUGAACUUCUGAAGAUUUUUACCUGUAUUCUGUUGGUCUACAAAGACAGCAAGUGCAAUUUACGGGCUCUGAACAGAGUGCUACAUGAUGAAAUCCUUAAUAAGCCCAUGGAAACUCUUAAACUUGCAAUUCCUUCAGGAAUUUAUACUCUUCAGAAUAACUUGCUGUAUGUAGCAUUGUCAAACCUAGAUGCAGCCACAUACCAGGUUACGUAUCAACUGAAAAUUCUUACCACGGCACUCUUUUCUGUGUCCAUGUUAAGCAAGAAAUUGGGUGUAUACCAGUGGCUGUCAUUAGUAAUUUUGAUGACAGGAGUGGCAUUUGUGCAGUGGCCUUCAGACUCUCAAGCAGCAGCUGCUAAGGAACAUUCAGCAGGAUCUCAGUUUGUAGGCCUGAUGGCGGUUCUUAUAGCAUGCUUUUCUAGUGGAUUUGCUGGAGUUUAUUUUGAGAAAAUUUUAAAGGAAACUAAGCAGUCUGUGUGGAUCAGAAACAUUCAGCUUGGAUUUUUUGGUAGCAUAUUUGGACUGAUGGGUGUAUACAUUUAUGAUGGAGAACAGCUGUCAAAAAAUGGAUUUUUUCAAGGAUAUAAUAAACUUACUUGGAUAGUUGUUGUUCUACAGGCACUUGGAGGCCUGGUGAUUGCUGCUGUUAUAAAAUAUGCAGACAACAUUUUAAAGGGAUUUGCAACUUCUCUCUCUAUUAUACUGUCAACAUUGAUCUCCUAUUUCUGGCUUCAGGAUUUUGUUCCUACAAGUGUCUUUUUCUUCGGAGCCAUCCUUGUAAUAGCAGCUACUUUCCUGUACGGUUAUGAUCCAAAACCUGCAGGAAAUCCCAUUAAGGCAUAGCGGACUUCCUCAUCAGCCUGCUUCUCAAGAUCACGCACUGGGGGCCUUGCUAGCAAUGGCACGUGGAAGGUGUCAUUGUGCACUGCAAGGAGAGGAUUACUACCCUGAAUCUAGUGAAGAAAUGCUUAUUGAAUAGUUUUGAAGAACCGGAAGGGUUAAAGACGGAUCAUGAUACUGUCUGUAACUGGUGAAAAAAAUGGCAGGGGAAAGCCCAGUGCAAUGUACUAAUAAAAACUUGAAAGGAACAAAAAGUUUCCAAGAAACUGCAAUUAGGAAUGUUUACAGCUUUGACCUGGGAUUGCAUCAAAAGAAUUUACUGUAUUGACUGCUGCAGAAAUACGUCCUAUGCACUCUUUGAAAUAGCACAUGACAGCAUUGUCAGAUUAUUUGUUUUUGCAAUUUGACUAUAUUUAAUCUUAGUAAAUGUUUUUAACUGUCUAUUUACAUGAAAUCAACUGAAUGCACAUCAUAGUUCUAAAGUGAUGAUUCUAAUUAGGUAUUCCUUAUUAAAACUAUGAAAAUUGAAGUAUGAUUGAAAGACAUUUUCACAAUAUCAAAUAUUUUUAUAUUUUUAGAAGGCUGAUUUAGUAACAGAAAUAUAUGUUCUGUUGUUUCUAUAAAGCUGUUGUAAGAAUGUUAACACUCUCACCUAAGUACACAAAGGGAGAAAUUGAGAAUGAAAACUGAAAAUCUGUGUUGAUACUCCGGCCGUCAUCAGGAUAGCUUGCAGUGUUCCAACAGAUGCAGUAAGUCUGCGAACACAGAACAGUAACACACAGUGCAGUAAUCUGGCACUAUGAGUUGGCUUACAAUGGAGUGCUUGCUCAGAUGUAAUGUUCAUUAUUUUUAUUGAUUAUAAAUCAGCUUGUUGGUAGAACCUUUAAAGUAGGUGGGUUUUUUUUUGUUUUUGUUUUGUUUUGUUUUGUUUUUGCUUUACAUAUCCCCUGCAGAUUAUUUUUUUUACCUGCAAUUUUAAAACCCAUAAUAAACAUUUUAUAUUCAUUAUUGUAAUCUGUAACAGCUCCAUCUGGAGCCAUUAUGGUAUAUCAUCUGUAUACUGUACUGUAUUUUAUUAGAGAGGUGUUUUUUUUUUUAAACAAGUGUUGUUUACUCAUGAACUCUCUGAGGCUGUUUCAGUACAUUUGUAUGUAAUGGUUUAAUUAGAGAUUUUUUUAAUUGUUAUUAUUUUGUUCUAGACGUCCUUGAGCUAACAGACCAAAAUGGGUUCUGUGGAGCUUUUCAGUGUAGUAGUGGAAUUACUUUAAUAGGGAACAGAAUGAAAAAUUUACGAAUUGUGCAAUAGGUAAAUAUGAAAGCAUGCUGUUCUUUUGUUUUAAACCAAAAAAGAUCAUAAAGAAACAUAUACAGUUAGACUGUUAUGAACACUUUGCUUGUUGAAGUAUUUGCAUAUAGCCAACUGAGACAGAAACACACACAAUGCCAGAACUAGUUAAAUAAAAAAAAAAAAAAAAGGCUUAAAAAUCAUGUUUUCAGGAGACCUGUUCACAGUGGAUAUUAAUGUAGGGUGGCUUCCCGUGUGUUACACAUGUAAAUGUAUGUCUUACGCAAAAGCAUAUCAGUAGUCCCUUAGCUGAAUGGCAAGUGUUAAAGGUGUUAUGGUUUUGUGUUUUUUUUCCUCUGCGCACUUAUUCACUUAUUUCAUGUGCUAAUGAUUAUAUCGUGAAUUGAGAGGUGUUUCAAAAUGUUUACCAAAGUACCUCAGCCUCUUUUCCCCAACAGUGUAAAUGGUGCAUUGCCAAGAGAGGAUUCUAUAAGAGCACUGAGAUUUUUAAUUAAGUAUUGUAAAUGGAAAAGAAAGAAUUCCACUAGAUGUCAGCCAAGUAAAAAUAUUGCUUUCUCUUGUUGUCAAUGACAUGCAUUAUCAAUUUUUUGUCUGUAACAUCAGACCAAGAAAGUAAUGUCAGUGUUAUGCCAAGGGCAUGCUAAGCUUUCCAAACUGUGAAUCAAUCCCUAGCAUGCCAUAAUUGCAGGAGCUAUGUUAUUUGGUAGUCAAAAUUAUCUGAUAUUACCCUAAAUUGGCAUCCUACUUUACUAUUAAACCUUUCACCUCUAACACUCAGUCUGGCAAAAUCAAAAAUUACAUUUAGUCACUUCACCACUGAAACACAACAUGAGGUAGGAUGUUGUGUCAAGUAGUGGCUCACAGCAUUACUUAGUGUUGAAUGGGAUGUACACGUGACUCUGAAAUGAUUUGAUGAGUGUUGGUAGUAAUAUCUGAAUUGGAAUUUGGCCUACACAACAGUAGUUUUAAUUUCACAAAGCAUGAAUCACAGUAGUUCAGGUGAUGUAAUUGGUUACUUUGUGGAGGAAUUUCUCCAGAAAAUAGGAGCAGAUUGAGAACACUUUAAAACCAGUUGUACAGGGCGGGACCAAACAGGCCCAAUGAUCACUGCAUUGCUGGAGUUCUGUUAAAUACAACCCAGUUUUAAUAUUUUUGUCUUUAAGCUUCAGUUUAUAGGAAAGAAUGGGAAUAGUGAAAAAAAAAGAAUGUGCUUUGCUUUUGAAUAGGAUCUCAUAGCUUUGGAAAACAAUAUACCUAUUGUGUUAAGGAACGGUAACUCCUGUCUUUGGAUCAGUGACUGUCGUGUUUUCAAUUUACAGUCCCAUUAAAUUUUCUAGUAGAGGGACAGAUCUCUUUAUACACGUGUCGCUGUAAAGGAGAUAUGAAUUUGCAUUUUUAGCUGCCUUUCCUUAGCCACUUACAUCAUCUGAGGGACCUCCAGGCUGAAAAGCAUUACUCUAGAGAGAGGAAAGGCAAUGUGCCCUUCUUGUGAAGGGAAAGGAUUUGAGGAGGAUUUACUGAUUUCUGUUACUUCUGCAAUCUGAAAGCAUAUGUGCAUUUUCCCAUUGGGAUACUUCUGGAUCUGAGGGGGAAAAAAUAAAUUUAAUUCAAUCACUGAUUAACUAACCAAAGAAGCAUAGCAAACACAGAGCACUGGGACACAGGGAAUAGCAUGCUUUGAGUGUGCCCUAAAAGCGGUCUGUAGGAGUCUAACUUUCCAAAAAUAAACUUGUCUUUCUGAAUUAUAGUUCAGACUUUAAGACAAUGGAUUUGUUAGCUUAGUUGUAUAUUUAGGAGGCUAAUCUAUACUCAGCAGAAUUUUAUUUAAAUAUUUAUGAAAUUAUAGCUAGAUAUUUAUUUGCAAUAACUUGAAUUAUGUGAUUUUUUUGAAGGCUUACAUAAUAAGAGUACUAGUAUUUAUUGAAUACUUGGGUAUUCAGUAGUUUUAUUUGAGAAUCUCUGGGAUACAUGAUAAAUGGUCAAAUACCAGUAAGCUAUUAGAACUGUCUCCAAAGCAAAAUAAAUCAGCAAUUCAGUGGUGAAAAAUCCUAAAUCUAAUAAAGUAAGGUGAACUUUUCUUUAAAUAUUGUAUUUUCAUGUUAACCGCAAGUGCCCAAUUAUCUUUUUUCUCAAAGAAUUCUGAUAAUUUUAUAGUUCUAUUAAAGUUCUUUGUUUUAGACAAACUGUAACAAAACUUCCAUUUUUGUUUGCUUUAAUAAUAGAGGAUAGAUUAAUGUACUAGUUCUUGCUUGUACAAGAUAAUACCUGUUUUUACUAUAACUUUUUAAGAAAAUAGUUUUACUUUUUUUUUCCUCAAAGAAAUUACUUUAUUUUGGGAGCAUAUGCUUACAUUUCACUUAUUCAUAAGGUCCUUUAACAGAUUUUUGAGAGUACCUAACCAUUUUGUGUUCCUAACUUAAUUUUAUGGCUGUAAAUUCAAGAGACUGUAAUGGAUUUUGUCAAAUUAUUUUAAAAGUGAUAAACGAACCUUUGCAUUUCUUA